AUGCCUCUUUCCAAGUUGCAGGGCGUGAAGCUCCCCGCUUCGGCGGACUUUCAUGUGCAUCUGCGUGAUGGUGACAUGAUGGAGCUUGUUACUCCCACUAUUAGACAGGGUGGUGUGAACACGGUUUUUGUUAUGCCGAACCUGGUCCCCCCGGUGACUACCGUGGACCGGGCGCUCGAGUACAAGCAGCGCCUGCAGGCCAUCGAGCCCAACGUCAAGUAUCUCAUGUCGCUGUAUCUCCAUGAGACCGUGACCCCCGAGACCAUCAUCGACGCCAAGAAGCGCGGAAUCACCGGCGUCAAGAGUUACCCGGCCGGUGUCACUACCAACUCCUCCUCCGGCGUGAUUGACUACACCGCGUUCUAUCCCGUCUUCGCCGAGAUGGAGCGUCAGGAUAUGAUCCUCAACUUGCACGGAGAGGUCCCGUCCACCGGUGAUGUGACCGUCCUGACGGCCGAGGAGCGCUUCCUUCCCACUUUGCUGCAGUUGCACGAGUGUUUCCCCAAGCUGAGGAUCAUCCUCGAGCACUGCACUACCGCAGCGGCGGUGGAGGCUGUCAAGAAGUGCGGUCCCACUGUGGCAGGAACAAUCACGGCCCACCACCUGUCCAUCAUCAUUGACUCGUGGGCUGGAGACCCGUUCUGCUUCUGCAAGCCGGUCGCCAAAACCCCCGCGGACCGUGAUGCUCUUCUGCGCGCGGCAGCCUCUGGAAACUCCAAGUUCUUCUUCGGCUCCGACAGUGCCCCCCACCCCGCUGUGUCCAAGAGAGGAGGCGACAAGAUCGCUGCCGGUGUCUUCACUCAACCCCACACCACUCAGCUCGUCAUCGACGCGUUCGAGCAGGCUUGCGAAAAUGGCGUCCUGAAGGAGGAAGACAUCACCCCCGAGAUCAUCGAGGGUUUCAUGAGCAAGUUUGGUCGCACAUUCUAUGGCAUUGGUGAAGAGCAGAAGGAGUUCAUCACCAUUGAAAAGAAGGAUGAGAAGAUCCCCAACAUCCUGAAGUCGAACAAGGUGGAUGUUGUUCCGUUCCGGAGGGAUCAGCAGACGUGGAGCGUGUCGUGGUCGGCGUGA